GAAACUGUAAAUUUUGUUGUUUAAUUUUUUCUAGUUUGUUAGAUUAGGAAAUGUUGGGUAUUUUUAGCAGCUCCAUUGUAUCACCGCCUGAGGAGUUGGUGGCAGCCGGAAGCCGGAACCCGUCACCUAAGAUGACGGGGGAGGCUCUGAUGAACCGGUUCACUAAAACCGAGCCGUUGGCUGUGUCCGUGAAGAUCAACGGUCAUGUUCAACUAGCUUACACUCACAACAAUGAGUCUGCUUUUCUGCCAAGGUCAUUUGCCGUUAAGGAUGAAAUAUUUUGCUUGUUUGAGGGAUCUCUCGACAACUUAGGAAGUUUGAGACAACAAUACGGCCUGGCCAAGUCUGCAAAUGAGGUGGUAUUGAUGAUUGAAGCAUACAAGGCACUCCGUGACAGGGCACCUUACCCUGCAAACCAUGUUGUUGGUCACCUUGAAGGCAAUUUUGCAUUUAUCGUUUUUGACAAGUCCACUUCUACAUUGUUUGUGGCUACUGAUCAAGUCGGUAAGAUACCUCUAUAUUGGGGAAUCACUGCUGAUGGGUAUGUGGCCUUUGCCGAUGAUGCUGAUUUGCUUAAAGGUGCUUGUGGCAAGUCACUUGCUUCUUUCCCUCAAGGGUGUUUCUUCUCUACAACAGUUGGAGAACUGAGAAGCUAUGAGAAUCCUAAAAACAAGAUCACUGCCAUUCCUGCUACUGAGGAAGAAAUAUGGGGUGCAAAAUUCAUGGUUGAAGGAGGAGCAGUUGUUGCAGCCACAAAAUAGAGACGAUUUCUUUUUUCAGAAGAGAAGAGGAGAUGCAUUAGUGGGAUCCAUGUAAUGCAAAUAAAUGAAUGGGGGUUAUUAUAUAUGUCCCAAGCUGUUCUAUUUUCCUCUUACUUUUAGUAUUGAACCGGAUUGAGUUUAUGUAAGACUUGCCAUUUUAGGCGUUUUAGUGGUUUCAGUAACUUCUUCAGCUAAAUGUUAUAGUAUGUAUGUUGGUAAUGGCUGGUA